ACAGGGGGUGGAGGGCAUUUGUAUGAGAUAGGCAGUUGAACAGCAGGGAGACGCAUGUGUUCACUGGUUGACCGUGGCGGAUUGGUUGUGUUCGUGGCUUCUCCUUUUAACCGGCUUGAGUAUUUCAAGCAUGGCACUAAUGGAAGCCUUCUGGGACUGAUCUAUGGUAUUUUUCUGUUUAGAAUGACUCCGGUUACUUAAGUGACAACCUUAAAUGUAAAUGCUUUUCAAGCCUUUUAUUGAAGAUUGUUUGCCAUUGUCAUUCCUUUCGGCAACCGGUCUUAUUUCCUCUUGAGGGAUGUAAUAUUAAACGGACCAUAAGCAAAGGCAUAAAAGGGCUGAGUGACCUAACUGCAGCUCUCACCUGGGGGAGAACCACCACUCCCUGAUUCCCAUCAACCCUCACCCUUGAGCCCCCAGUCCGAAGCAGCCAUGGCACCACGGAAACGCGGGGGUGGAGGUAGUGGCACAUCCUUCUUCUUCUGCUGCUUCCAGAGCAGUGACCAUCCAGAGAUCACCUACCGUCUUCGAGAAGACUUCGUCCUGCAGACCAUGGAGCCCACACUGCCCAUCCCCAGCUAUGAUGAGCUGGAUGCCAUGUUCUCAGAGCUGGUGGAUGAGCUGGACCUCACAGAGAAACACAGAGAGGCCAUGUUUGCCUUACCAGCAGAAAAGAAAUGGCAGAUAUACUGCAGUAAGAAGAAGGAACAAGAGGAGAAUAAAGGUGCUACAAGUUGGCCAGAGUACUACAUUGACCAGCUCAAUUCAAUGGCAGCUAGGAAGACUCUGUUGGCCUUGGAGAAGGAAGAUGAAGAGGAACGUAACAAGACAAUUGAAAGCCUUAAAACGGCUCUGCGGACACAACCCAUGAGGUUUGUAACACGGUUCAUUGACAUGGACGGCCUGACAUGCAUUCUGAACUUCUUGAAGAGUAUGGACUACGAGACCACAGAGUCUCAGAUCCACACGUCCCUCAUCGGCUGCAUCAAAGCCCUGAUGAACAACUCACAGGGUCGUGCCCAUGUGCUCUCGCAUUCUGAGAGUAUCAACAUCAUCGCCCAGAGUCUGGCCACUGAGAACAUCAAGACCAAAGUGGCGGUACUGGAGAUAAUGGGUGCUGUGUGUUUAGUGCCUGGAGGACACAAGAAGAUUCUGGAGGCAAUGUUGCACUACCAGAAGUUCUCCUGUGAACGAACACGAUUUCAGAAAUUGCUGAAUGAUCUGGACAAGAGUACAGGGCGGUACAGGGACGAGGUCAGCCUGAAGACGGCCAUUAUGUCUUUCAUUAACGCUGUGUUAAGUCAAGGAGCUGGAGAAGCCAGCCUUGAGUUCCGGGUUCAUUUGCGAUACGAGUUCCUCAUGUUGGGGAUUCAGCCCAUCAUUGACAAACUCAGGUCACAUGAAAACUGUACUUUAGACAGGCACUUGGAUUACUUUGAGAUGCUAAGAAACGAUGAUGAGCUUACUUUGUCGAGACGCUUUGAGUCUAUUCAUAUAGACACGAAGAGUGCAACACAGGUUUUUGAGCUUGUUCGAAAGAAGCUGGCCCACACUGAUGCAUUCCCGCACUUUAUGUCUAUUCUACACCAUUGCCUGCUCAUGCCUCAUAAGAGAAGUGGGAACACAGUGCAGUACUGGCUGCUUCUGGACCGCAUCGUCCAACAGAUGGUCCUUCAAAAUGACAAAGGUCAUGACCAUGAUGUCACCCCAUUAGAAAACUUCAAUGUAAAGAAUGUGGUUCGAAUGCUUGUCAAUGAAAAUGAGGUAAAACAGUGGAAGGAACAGGCAGAAAAAAUGCGAAAAGACCACCAUGAACUUCAGCAAAAGAUGGAGAAGAAGGAGCGAGAGUGCGAUGCUAAAACACAGGAGAAGGAGGAGAUGAUGCAGACACUCAACAAAAUGAAAGAGAAGUUAGAAAGAGAAAUGGGGGAACAUAAACUGGUCAAGCAUCAAGUGGCAGAACUGACUGUCAGACUACAUGACCUCAGCACGAGACAAGUAGCCAGUGUUCCUGGAGGUCCUCCUGUCCCUGGGCCUCUAGGUGGACCUCUCCUACCUCCUCCACCACCUCCACCCGGUGGCAUGAUGCCUCCUCCACCACCUCCUCCACAAGGCUGUGCUAUGAUGCCACCACCUCCACCACCACCCCCUGGUGGCCCCCCACCACCCCCUGGAUGCCCUCCUUUUGGUGGGGCUCCACCUCCACCAGGAGCCCCUGUGGGACCAUCCCUGAAGAAGAAAAACAUUCCUCAGCCAUCCAAUCCACUAAAGUCCUUCAACUGGGCCAAGCUAUCUGAGAGCAAGCUUGAAGGGACUGUAUGGGCAGAUGUUGACGACUGCAGAGUUUUUAAAAUCCUAGACUUGGCGGACAUUGAGAAGACCUUCUCUGCAUAUCAGAGGCAACAGGACUUCUUUAUGGUCAAUAACAGCAAGCAGAAAGAGACUGAGGAUGAUGCACUAAGCUCUAAAAAAGUCAAAGAGCUCUCUGUCAUCGAUGGUCGACGGGCUCAGAACUGCAAUAUCCUUCUCUCACGUUUAAAACUUUCCAAUGAGGAAAUAAAGAGAGCCAUUCUGACAAUGGAUGAACAGGAAGAUCUGCCUAAGGACAUGCUGGAGCAGAUGCAGAAGUUUGUCCCAGAGAAGAGUGAUGUGGACGUACUAGAGGAGCACAAACAUGAGCUGGACCGCAUGGCAAAGGCUGACCGCUUCCUCUAUGAAAUGAGCAGAAUAAACCAUUACCAGCAGAGAUUACAGGCAUUGUACUUCAAGAAGAAGUUUGCUGAGAGGAUUGCAGAGAUCAAACCUAAAGUUGAAGCACUGUCCAAGGCAUCAAAAGAGGUGUUACAGAGCAGAAAUCUCAAGCAGUUGCUUGAGGUGGUGCUAGCAUUUGGCAACUACAUGAACAAAGGACAGAGAGGCAACGCAUACGGUUUCAAAAUCUCCUCACUCAACAAGAUUGCAGACACGAAGUCCAGCAUUGACAAGAAUGUCACUCUCCUACACUAUCUGAUCACCAUUCUGGAAAAGAAAUACUCUAAAGUCAUGCUCUUCCAAGAAGAACUGCAGAAUGUGCCAGAAGCUGCAAAAGUCAACAUGACAGAAUUGGAGAAGGAGAUCAAUAAUCUUCGUUGUGGCUUGAAGAAUGUAGAUAAUGAGUUAGAAUACCAGAGGAAUCGUCCUCAGGAGUAUGGAGAUAAAUUUGUGUCUGUGGUCAGUCAGUUCAUUACAGUGGCCAGUUUUAGCUUCUCUGAUGUAGAGGACUCCCUCAGUGAGGCCAAAGAACUGUACUUAAAGACAGUGAAGCACUUUGGUGAGGAUUCUGAUAAGAUGCAGCCUGACGAGUUCUUUGGGAUAUUCGACCAGUUCUUGCAGUCAUUUGGAGAGGCCCGUCAGGAGAACGAGAACAUGCGUCGACGCAAAGAGGAGGAAGAGCGCAGGGCACGGAUGGAAUCUCAGCUCAAGGAACAGCGGGAAAAAGAGAGGAAGGCUCGCAAGGCGAAAGAGAAUGGAGAGGAGGACAGUGGAGAGUUUGAUGACCUGGUGUCUGCUUUGCGUUCUGGAGAGGUUUUCGAUAAAGAUCUGUCCAAGAUGAAGCGCAAUCGCAAACGCAUCAACAGCCAGACAUCAGACACCGGCAGAGAGCGUCCAAUUACCAAGCUUAAUUUUGAACAGCAGUGAACCAGACCGACCAUCAAGCUUAAGUGCUGAUAUGCAUAUUAUUGGGAUCCACUUCAUUACAACCAAACAACCGCCUUUUGGUGGUGAAUGUCUGCAGAAAACUCAUUAUCACCACACCUCAGAUUAAACACUACACUCUCUGGGAUGGGAGAACAAUGUUUGACAGGAUUGAUAUAUCCGGUACUAGCUAAUUGAAAAGGACUUUUUAUAGGUGUGUUUAUAAGGGCCGCUGGGACCCAUGUUGUCUUAAACACUGUGGAUGGUCAUUGUACAGAUUCUAUGCAGUUCCUGAUGUCAUUUGUUGGUCUUUAUGUUUGAGGACUUGUUCAUGUGAAAUGUAGUUGUAUUUAAAAUGAUCUUGAAGUAGCUGAAUCAUGGCAAUACUCCUCCCUUCUGUUCUUCCUUCCUGACUCUCCAGUGUUUUUUUUUUUUAUCAGCAGCCUAGUUGUAUGGUCUGAGAAGGUUUCCUUUUUCAAUGUAAGAUACAUCCAAUGGACUUUUAUAAUUUAAGGAAAAUGCAACUUU